GGUUGAUGUUGACAUGCGUUAAUGUUAUGGAUGCAUGUGACCACGUUCAAUCGCAAAGCAGUGGCCUUUAUUUAACUAGCAUGUGUCCAACUAAUUUGAUAACGUUGGUACCAGUUUAACGCAGCCAUGUUUAACUAGUUACAAUUGUCUUGACCUGUUGGUUAUACGCCAGCGUUGUGUUUCGCUGGCUAUGUUGCAUACAUAACUCAAAAUAAAUGCUAGCCGAUUAGCAAACCUACGACAGACCUACCGCGCAUUUAGAUUACAUAAAAACCACAGAAGGUACGUUCGGACCUGUUUGGACUGAAUUUCUAUACUCAAUUAACUGAAAUGGCUUUAGCGAGCUAACGUGGCUAACGUUACAUUCGUUGAACGGAAAUAAGCACAAUUGUAUAAUUAGCUGCUGGAACCGACGCUAGCCCUAGAGCUCGCAAGCUCCGCCUGGAGAGACUCUGCUAACAGACCACUCUGCUGGCUACUUCUGCAUGGGAACUGUCAUGCUGUGAGGGUGCAGCACGUGGAGCUCCAGGCGACGCAGCGGAGCUGGAGAUGAAGGCCCUGAGCUCCAGAUGUGCCUUUUACCUGGGCUUCCUGGUGGGCACCUGCUCGCUCUACUUCUUCCUGCGGCAGGUGUGGUCCGAGAAGCGCUUCGCCCCGCCGCUCGACGUCGGCGCCACUACGGAAGAGGUCACCAGCGGCCAGAACUGGAAGGUGGACGGGCUGGCCCUCAUCAACCUGAACCACCCCCACCAAACGGGUGAGUACAGUGGUCUGGCGGACGAGCUGUACCGUAAGGUUCGCAUCCUGUGCUGGGUGAUGACGGGCCCCGGGAACCUUCAGAAGAAGACGCGGCACGUGAAGGCCACCUGGAGCCGCCACUGCAACCUGGUGGUGUUCAUGAGCUCGGUGGAGGACCGUGACUUCCCCACCGUGGGCCUGGGCACGGGCGAGGGCCGCGACCAGCUCUACUGGAAGACCAUCCGCGCCUUCCACUACGUGCUGAAGAACCACGGCGACGAGGCCGACUGGUUCCUCAAGGCCGACGACGACACCUUCGUGGUCGUGGACAACCUGCGCUGGGUCCUGGCCAACCACACACCCGAGGAGCCGGUGUACUUCGGCAAGCGCUUCAAGCCCUACGUCAAGCAGGGCUACAUGAGCGGCGGGGCGGGGUACGUGCUGAGCAAGGAGGCCCUCCGGAGGUUCGUGGAGGGCUUCCGCACCAAGGUCUGCACCCACACCACGCCCGUGGAGGACCUGGCUCUGGGCCAGUGCCUGGAGAAGAUGGGCGUCCUGGCGGGCGACUCGAGGGACACGCUCCACCGCGAAACCUUCAAUCCCUUCGUCCCCGAGCACCAUCUCACCGGAAAGUUCUCCAAGAGCUUCUGGUACUGGAACUACUGCUACUACCCCAUUGUGGAGGGUGCGCAGUGCUGCUCAGAUCUGGCCAUCUCCUUUCACUAUGUGGACGCAGAGCUGAUGUACGUACUGGAGUACUACACUUACCACCUGCGUGCGUACGGAUACCGCUACCGCUACCUGCCCCCACUACCUGAGGGCAUGGGCAAGACACCCGAGAUCGAGAACAAGGGGCCGGGGGGUGUGAAAGAGGGAGCGAAGGCAGCGGCGGCCAUCAAGGGCGAGGAGAAAAACAAGAUGGAGGCGGCGCAGGAAGGCCAGGAUAAGCAGGUGUCGGAAAAGGACUCUGCGCUCAACCGGACUGAAGCGUCACAGGAGAAACCCCAAUAGCCUUUAUCAAAGCGCGCGUGCAUGCGUUUGUGCCCGUGUGCGUUUGUUUGUUUACUGUGUGUGUGAGAGAGAGCGAAAGGGAGAAAUAUGAAUGCCCUAUUCCACGUUAUAGUCAUAUAUUAAAUCCAAUGUAAUUGUCUGCAUGUGCACCAAAGUUAUGUUAAUGCUGUUUGAAAAAAGCAAGGAAAACGUAUAGACUAGGAAAUUCUUUCAUUCCUGCUGCAACGCAUUUCUCAUAGCAACACCUGGCGAACACCAGCAAAAACGAAAUCGAGUAUGAAGCUCAAAUUUUCAGGAAUUUUGUAAAUCAUUAUCUACCAACGCACAGAAAACAAAAAACUCCAUGAGGUACUGUGGUGCAACCUCCUGGAAUUGGCAUGGAAUGGCCCUUUUACCUUUAGCUCCUCUAGCAGAAACACCUGGAAUUGCACCACACAUUUGCGUUGCUUUUAUAAAAUUUGGACUGCACAUUUUGCAACACAAAAACUCUCCUUGCGUUGCUCAUUGCAUAUUUUUGUUGUAUGGGUUAUGUUACAGGCUUUAAUGAUGUGUUGAAAUCAGUUAUUAGAAAAAUCAGGUUACUGCCAGUGGUCUGGAACUCUAUGUAAGAAACCUAAACACGAAUGCAGACACGGGACAUACGCAAGGCCUUUGCUUACAUACCAUUUGUGUGUUUACCAGCUUCUCUUACAGCUGUCUGAGGCUAUAUACUGCCAGUCCACACGGUGGCCAGUUUUAGAGCUAUCAGUUUUGCUAAUUGAUAUGGAGUGGCCCUCUAGUGAUAACAAUAUCUGUGCUAUAUUUACCCAUUGGACUCCAUUCAUGUUUGACAGCAAAAAAUAUUUCUGCUUAUAUACUGAUGUUCAAUCUAUGCUUCGUAUUUUUUAUUACUUUUAAAGUUAAAAAAUAUAGAUGUUUUUAUUUCCCAAAAAAGGCUCUGAUGUAAAAGCUUUGCACUCUCAUUUGGCAACUUAUCCAAGCGUUUUUCAUAGGUUCAUCCCUCGAGGCACGUGAUUACCCUGUGCUUUCGUCAUUGUGCAUGUUCUUAGGCAUGUGACCAAGGACACAAAUGAGUGUAAGCAGUGAGUGAAACUAUUAUUUCCUGGUGCCCUGCAUGAUGGAAUCUGUCCCCAUAGGUUUCUAUUGGCAUCACUGUCUGUAUAUGUGUGUGUCUAUAUAUAUAUAUAUACACACACACACACACGCGCACACACACACACAGACUGAUGUGAUGCCAGUGUUGUAUUUGAUCAUAUGACCAUUUUUCAAGACACAUGACCGUUGAAAUGCAUUGUGAUUCCCAGGCCUUUCUAUGGGUUUCUAUGGGUUCAAUUCUCCUAGGGUUGAAGUGAGGCGCUUCUGCAUUGGAGCAGAAAUGAUUACUUCUUAGUAGACUAGUUCUUAGUAGCUGUUGGUUGAACAGUUUUUACCUGGUAUUUAGAUUGAGCACCUUGAACAGAAACGAAUGGAAUUGCACCACACCUUCGCGUUGUGUUACAAAAUUUGGGCUCAGAUCUGGCAUUAUCAUUUGUGUUCACAUACUCAUGUACGGACCAACAAGAUUGUACGGUUAUAGUGGUAGUCAUUGUCUAGGGCACAACUGCCCAAAGAAGGCUGUGAUUGUACAAAAUGAGGCAGGAGUGGUGGGAUCAUGUAUGCGGAAUACUUUCCAUGAACAUGGUUGGCAAAUUGUGCAUUUGAUUUCACCGGCAUUUGAUUUCACCGGCAACCUGUCACCAUGGCCUUGUGGCUGGCCACUGGAGCUGGCUACAGAACGAUCAAAUUUUUUGGCGUGAAGCAUCAGUUUUUAGUCCAUGUAGAUACAUGAUUUUUGAAAACAACCUGGGAAAGUGUGUCUAGUUGACAGCAGAUGGGCUUUUCUCCGGUGAGCAAGGGGGUCUGAUAGCCCCAUCAUCACCCUAUGAGGACAACCCAAGUGGAAGAGUGGUUUUGUUAAUCCGAUUCAAAUGCAUCUUCUGUGCGUUUACACCUACUCCGUUUAACACGAUCUCAUCUGUUGUAGCCACAGAUCCGAUCACAGAUUUUUAUGUGGAGUAACUGGGGCCGUAGUGUUCGCUUAUUACUGUGGAAAACUGUACUGUGUCGUUAGCCGACUGAAAAUCAAUUAAUUUUAUUUUUUUGCUGAUGGGCACGUUUCUUUCCAGAUUGUUUGUGUGUAUGUAUCAGUGUAAAUUUCUAGUUUGCUUUUAUUAAAAAUGAAAUUCGAAAUGAC